CCGGAAGGGGAGGGUCUCCCGCCCGGACGCGGGGCUCCCGCUAUCAUGGCUUCUCGUGGGGUCGUUGGCAUUUUCCUCUUCUCUGCUCUCCCCCUCUUGUGUCUAGAGCUCCGGCGUGGGAUCCCGGAUCUAGGAGUUAAAGAUCUAAUUUUGCUGUGUGGCCGGAUUUUCUUACUACUUGCUCUUCUUACUUUAAUUAUUUCUGUGACUACCUCAUGGCUUAAUUCAUUUAAAUCUUCCCAAGUGUAUCUGAAAGAAGAAGAAGAGAAGAAUGAAAAAAGGCAAAAACUUGUCAGGAAAAAACAACAAGAGGCACAGGGUGAAAAGGUCAGCAGAUACAUAGAGAAUGUUCUAAAACCUCACCAGGAGAUGAAAUUGAGAAAACUGGAAGAGCGCUUUUAUCAGAUGACGGGUGAAACUUGGAAAUUAAGCAAUGGUCAUAAACUUGGGGGUGAUGAAGAGUUGGUGCUUGAAAAUGGGAGUCAGACAUCUUUUGAAACAUCAAACAGCAGGGAAGCAGCAAAGAGACGGAACUUGCCUAAGCCUCUAACCAAAAUUUCACCAUCUGCUGAACAGCCCACGCAGAAGGAGGUUCUUGAUCUACCUGAAGAACCUCCUGAAACAGCUGACGAAGUAGUUGCUGUUGCUCUCCGAUGUCCAAGUGGGAGGGUCCUGAAAAGAAGGUUUUUUAAGUCUUGCAGUUCACAGGUCUUAUUUCACUGGAUGAUGAAAAUCGGGUACCACAUAUCUCUAUACAGCCUUUCUACUUCCUUUCCCAGAAGGCCUCUGGAAGUAGAGGAAGGCUGGUCCCUGCAGGACAUUGGAAUAACUAUGGAUACUGUACUCAAUGUGGAAGAAAAAGACCAGAGCAACUAACUAAGAAAUGAGAAUGACCUGUUUUACAUAAAAUCAGUUAUGCCAUGAUCUUACAGGACAUAAAGGUUUCACAUUAAAAUCAUGCCAUACCUUGAUUGAGCUCAAGGCAAUAAACACUUUAAUGUUGAUAUCCUCGGGAAUGUAUGGACACGAAGGAUUAGAAAAGGAUUGCUCUCUGCAUAUAAUAGUUUUUGGAAUGUGCCGUCAUAAUGUACCAUCUGAAAACUAGAUAAAAAUGUGUACAGUAAGGCACUCCAUGAUUUGUAUUUUUCCUAGCUGACAUUAUUUAUCACUGUGUUGAAAAACAAAAUCAUAUGACUUUGUUUCCUGCCUCUUCAGUCCACCUUGCCAUACUGAACAUUUCACAAUUCAGUCAAACUCUUUAAAAUCUAUUAGGUAGAAAUGUUUGUUCUGCUUUAUUUCUAGAAAUGAAACUUUAAAGACAUUUCAAAGGUC